ACCGAGUAUUGACCGGUACAUCACUUUAUGUAUGUUUAUAAUGCGCUUAUAACACUUUAAAGGUAGCUUCGUGGUAUCGCCUUACCAAGGCACUAUUUUCCGUGCGAAUCAUCAGUAAAAGUAGCAAAUGUUUUCCCAUGUUAUUCCAGAUUCCAUAUGUAAUAAGUUGGCGGGCCAAACCGACUUCUGGGCAAUCCCAGAAAUUACUAGCAGCAUACUGAAGCGGUUUGCUGCUUAAUUCACCAUGAUUAAAAUCAAGGUUUACUGGUUCGGGUAAUCCCCGAUGUAAAUUGGUUUCAUAUUAAAAAGGGCAAAUUCUCCAAAGAUCUCAGGAAACAUUUUUGUGGGAUUAUUUUGACUUUGUGAAUCGAUGCGGACACUGUGACGGCUGCGGAGGCUUUCUCGGCUACCUCUGGAUCGGUCAUACUUAGAUCACCAACACACGACGAAAAUUGAUCCAACGACAGAAGAAAGUGCUUGCGCCAGCAGAACUAGCGAGUACAAAGAGGGACUACUGGAAUUUCCUCCAUUUCAAACACCAGUGCGAGAAUACUGUACAGGUUGUGAAAAACACUGAUGAAGAGGACACAGAACAACGUUCCCUCAUAAUCAGCAGCAUGAACAGGCUUCGAUCACCGGUGAAAUCGGAGCCCCGUAAUUAGCGCUGCGCUUUAGGAAACCACGCUUACCUUUGCCGCCGAAGGCGGAGCCAACGCACGCGCAGAGGGUGUAAGAUUGACAGGUGGGCUAGGCGGACAGCUGUUCAGCAUUGAGAGUUUGCAGUGUGCGGAAGGAUAAGUAAUCAGAGAUACGGGUUACUUUGUGGAGGAUAUUCUUUCAGCGUUAUUCAGCCCAGGGCUUGAUCCGGUUCAUGAGAAACUCCACGUACUUCAAACCUUGUCCUGACACGCAAAGCAGAGCUCGUGGAGCUAUUAUUUUCACUCCGCUUCUCACCGUGUUUGUCAGAUUAUAAAAUAAGAUACAGUUCUCCAAAGACCCAUUUUAUUCCAGUUUCAAAAUUGUAAACGUAAAGCUUCAUUUGUGAAAAGAUCAAAGGCUUCUGUCAGACCUCCUCACAAUGAGGAUACGUGUAGGGUCCACUGACUGGAUAUUCUUGGAUCUGCUUUUUGUGAUUGUGGUCUGCAGCAUUGACGUUGUUGGCUCCGUGGACAAAAACAAAAAGAGGUAUGAGGCGGCCAGGGGAUCGGACCACCGACCUUCCGCUCUCAGGGCCGACGCUCCAUCCAGUAGGUCACGGAGGAGGUCAGCGUCACAAGGACUAUCUAGAUCUCAACUUUUGGAACUACUUCUGAAUACCGCCAAGACAGGUGACCAGGAUGUCAAGAACACGCCCCCAAACUAUAACUCAGAAACGGCAACAGAUAUCGAGGUUAUGUUAUACGUGGAUAGCAUUGACUCCAUCAACGAAGCAAAUAUGGACUUUACCUUAAGUGUCUUACUGCAUCUACAAUGGAAGGACACACGUCUUGUCAGCUUUAACAUUGGUCCCUCAUUUGGAAAUCUUACAUUUCUCGAAUUCGACUCACAAAGUAUUCAAAGGAUAUGGGUGCCAGAUAUAUUCUUCCCGAACGAAAAAAAGGCAAGCUUCCAUGACGUCAUGAUGGCCAAUCAGAUGAUGCGAUUGUAUCGUGACGGUUUGAUUCUCUACAUAUCCAGGUUAUCGAUGACAUUGAGUUGCCCUAUGAACCUGCGGUACUAUCCAUUCGACAAACAGUCGUGUUCGGUCCAGAUCAUGAGCUUCGGAUACGCCGAGGACAAACUCAACCUUAAAUGGAUGAAUUCGUCUAACAGCGAGCCCGUUGUUGUUAACGACAUCGUGGAGUUGCCUCAGUUUGAAGUGACAGGAUCCGAAGCCAACAGAUGCAGGAAGAAAUACCAUCAGAGCACAGGCGUUCACAGUUGCCUCCAGGCAAACUUCUUCCUCGCUCGCAACAUCGGCUACUACGUCGUCCAAAUGUACAUCCCCAGCAUCCUUAUCGUCAUGCUGUCCUGGAUCUCAUUCUGGCUCACCGUCAACUCAGUUCCAGGCCGCAUUUCAUUGGGCGUACUUACUGUUCUCACCAUGACAACGCAAAGUUCAGGGGUCAACGCCUCACUUCCGCGCGUGUCAUACACCAAAGCUAUUGACGUGUGGAUGUCCACCUGUCUGGUGUUUGUUUUUGCCGCACUGCUGGAGUUUGCUAUAGUCAACGUCUUGAGCCGCAAGGAAACCCUCUCUGGUUUCACGAUACGCAAUGUGUUCAGUAUUCCUAGAGAUUUGGAAAAAGGGGAUCAGCUGAAAGAGCAAUCCUCACCGUUGGACGGCGGCGGCACACCUCGAGACAGCUAUAGCACAAAGCGGCCGGGCAAACGUGGGAUAGUCUACGCCAUGUACUUAGAUGUGGCUUCCAGAAUCGGCUUCCCCGUGGCAUUCAUAUUGUUCAUAAUGGUGUACUGGCUGUAUUACAUCAACGUUGAAUAACAUGGAACUGGUGGACAAUGGUGGACA